GGUGAAAUGCCAAAGGGAAGAGUCGCUUUCCAAGAAAUCAUAUGAAUUUCAUGACUUCUCUCAACUUCCCUCCAUAUCAUCCCUCCCUCCUUCCCCCAACCCCACUUUUUUUUUAUUUUUUUAUUUUUACACCGUCUUUCUCUCUGCUCUUUCCUUUUUUUGUUUUGAUUUCUUAGCUUAAAAUUAAAAAAAUUUAGUACUACUUGUGUGGCUGCCCAUUUUUGGGUUGAUUCUAUCAAAUUCUUGACGCCAUCAAUUCUUAGCCCCCGUACUUCACCAGCUUGCUUCUUCCCUGUUUAUUAUAUUUUCUUUUUUUUUUGGGGGGGGGGGCGGGAGAUCUUUUCGGUGUUUCUGAACCACUAAUAGGUAAUUUUUCUUGAAUCAUUUCUCACUUUCUUUUGAUUUCCGAGUUGUUAUUUGCUUUUUUCUAGUUCAUUUUUCUGUUGGAAAUCCUGAGUUGCUUAUUGUGUGGAAACGAUUUGGGGAGUUUGGGGACGGUGCUGUGUGAAAUUGAACUACUGGAGUGUUUGAUGCUUUGAAAUGGACGGGUUGAGGAGAUAUCUUUGAUCAAUAGCCACUGCUAAUACGGGGACUGAGAGCGUCAAAUGGUCUUGGUAUCAAGAUGAUUAUAGUGAAUCCGGGUACGAAUUCAUGGAUAGUUCUGAUAAUAAGUUGUCCGAGAUAGUUGACAAGGUAACAUCAUGGAUUCCAAGAAGAAUGGAGCCUGUGAAUGUAUCCAGAGACUUCUGGAUGCCAGACCAAAGUUGCAGGGUUUGUUAUGAGUGUGAUUCUCAGUUUACCAUAUUCAACCGCAGGCAUCAUUGCCGUCUCUGUGGACGGGUUUUUUGUGCCCGUUGCACGUCAAACUCUAUUCCAGCCCCUACAGAGGAGGGUAGUAGGCUAAGUCGGGAAGAUAGGGAGAGGAUUAGGGUCUGUAACUAUUGCUUUAAGCAAUGGGAGCAGCAAGGAGUAAAUACAGUUGAUAACGGAAUGGCUGCAUCGAGCCCUGGGCUUAGUCCAUCUCCUUCAGCUGCAAGUUUGGUCAGUAGCCACUCAAGCUGUACCUGUAACAGUGGCAGCAGUGAUGGUUCAACUCCCUAUUCCACAGGGCCAUACCAGCAUGUUCCAUAUAAUAACGACCACAGCCCUCGCGAAACUAAUAAUCAAAUCGAUAAAGAUAUGGUAGAGCAUUACCAAACAACAUCAAGUGCAGGAAAAUCAAGCUCCGUUGCUGCUGCCGAUCCUUUAAUUGAUCAGUAUGGUCUUUGUAACAGUGCCAGGAAUAGUGAUGAAGACAAAGAUUACGGUAUUUACAGACUGAAUUCAGAGCUGAGACACUUCUCCCCUCCUAAGGUCCUUUAUGGCAAUGAAAAUUACAAGGAGAUCAGUCAUAACUACAGCCUGGGUGAUUUGCAGUCUGAUGGAGAUAAAAAUGAAACAAAUCGUAAGCUUACUCUACCAUCUGAAAAUACAGAUGUGUGUGUUUCAGAAAUUACAGAGAAGUUUGGCAAAGAGACAGAAGGUUUAAUUGAUAUUGCUUCAAGUGAAAUUCAAUCUUCAUAUGAUGUGAAUCCUAUUGAUGCUGAACCUCUAGACUAUGAGAACAAUGGCCUAUUGUGGCUGCCUCCCGAGCCAGAAGAUGAAGAGGAUGAACAGGAAGCUAUUCCAAGUGAAGAAGAAGAAGAUGAUGAUGAUAGAGAUGUUUCUACAGGAGAAUGGGGUUACUUGCGCUCUUCUGGAAGCUUUGGUGGUGGGGAGCAUCAUAAUCGACAUCGAUCAAUUGAGGAGCAUAGAAACACGAUGAAAAUGGUUCUUGAUGGGCAUUUUAGGUCUUUAAUAUCUCAGUUACUGCAAGAUGAAAACCUACCUCUUAAUGAAGAAGAUGGCGAGGAGAGUUGGUUAGAGAUAGUUAUGUCUCUAUCUUGGGAAGUUGCUUCACUUCUAAAACCAGAUAUGAGCAAGAGUGGAGGAAUGGAUCCUGGCGGAUAUGUGAAAGUAAAGUGCAUAGCUUGUGGGCGUCGUUGUGAGAGCACGGUGGUUAAAGGAGUUGUUUGUAAGAAAAAUGUUGCCCAUCGGCGAAUGACAUCAAAAGUUGAAAAACCUCGGUUGUGCAUUCUUGGAGGGGCCCUUGAGUAUCAGAGGGUAGCGAACCAUUUGUCAAGUUUUGAUACAUUGCUGCAGCAGGAAAUGGACCAUUUGAAGAUGGCUGUUGCCAAGAUUGAUGCUCAUCACCCAAACGUACUUUUAGUGGAAAAAUCUGUGUCUCGUUUUGCACAGGAGUAUCUUCUUGCUAAAGAUAUUUCUCUUGUUCUCAACAUAAAGAGGCCUCUUCUUGAACGUAUAUCGCGUUGCACUGGUGCCCAAAUAGUGCCUUCUGUGGACCAUCUCAAUGCACAAAAGUUGGGAUUUUGUGAACUAUUCCAUGUGGAGAAGUUCGUUGAAGAGCAUGGUAGUGCUGGUCAAGGUGGGAAAAAACUGACUAAGACGUUAAUGUUUUUCGAGGGUUGCCCGAAGCCGUUGGGCUUUACGAUUCUGUUGAAGGGUGCCAAUGGGGAUGAGCUGAAGAAAGUCAAGCGCGUACUGCAAUAUGGAGUAUUUGCAGCUUAUCAUCUUGCUCUUGAGACAUCCUUUCUCGCUGACGAAGGAGCCUCUCUUCUAGAACUCCCUUUGAAGGCUCCCAUAAAAGUUGCACUCCCUGAUAAACCAAACAAAUCGACUUCCACUAUACGGGAAUUCACUUCUGCACAGGAUAACCAUGCCUUCAAGAAGCAAAAUCAAUCGGGCAACACAUUUUUACAUGAUAAUGCACCUUCCAUUAGUUGUUCACCAUCCCAGGGACAUUUAAGUUUACCUGACAAUACCAUCUCCACACAAACUCUUCAGAGCCAUCUGAAUUCUGUCCCUACCUUGUGUCUUUCAAGAGAUGUAGAAGAGUUUUGUGGUCAUUAUGACACGAAUAAGGAGAUGAUCGGUAUAGAAACACCAGAUGUGUCUUCCAUAGCUGAACCAUCACUAUAUCUUGAUGACAACGGAGCCCAGGACAAUUUGAUAUCCGAUUGUUGUUGUGAUUUUGUGGCACUGGGGAAAGGAGCUUGCCCUUUACACGGAUACAGAAAUCCAUCUCCUCAAAACUCAAGCACUUUAAAUCUUGUUUCGCUAGACCCUGAUUCCAAAGGUCAAUAUAAUGAGGUGGAUUCUCUGAAUGAUGAAUUUUCUCCUUCGGCCUCUGAUAAUCAGAGCAUUUUGGUAUCACUGAUGAGUAGAUGUGUCUGGAAAGCGUCUGUAUGUGAGCGUGCUCAUCUCUUCCGUAUCAAGUAUUAUGGAACCUUUGAUAAACCUUUGGGCCGGUUUUUGUUGGAGCAGUUAUUUGAUCAGAAUUACCGUUGCCCUUCAUGUCAAAUGCCUUCUGAAGCACAUAUAAGGUGCUAUACUCAUCAACAAGGAAGUGUGACGAUAUCAGUGAAGAAAUUGCCUGAAGUUUUCUUGCCUGGGGAGCAGAAAAGAAAGAUUUGGAUGUGGCACAGGUGUCUCAAAUGUCCUCGUACGGAUGGUUUCCCUCCUACCACCAAGAGAAAGUUAAUGUCCGAUGCUGCUUGGGGUUUAUCUUUUGGAAAAGUUUUGGAACUGUGCUUUUCAAAUCAUGCUGCUGCAAACAGGGUUGCAAGCUGCGGUCAUUCUCUGCAUCGAGAUUGUUUGCGGUUUUAUGGUCUUGGAAGCAUGGUUGCUUGUUUCUACUAUGCACCCAUUAAUGUCCACACUGUACAUCUCCCUCCGCCAAAGCUUGAAUUCAACUAUGAUUUUGAGGAGUGGAUUAGAACAGAAGCUGAUGAGGUCCGUAGGAGGGCAGAGCAGCUGUUUUCUGAAGUUGUCAGAUCUCUUCAUCAAAUAUCUGAAAGUAUCCCAGUUCACAAUGGCGAUAAGGCUCCAGUCAUUCAGCAACUUGAAGAAAUGGAAGUGACGCUAGAGAAGGAGAAAAGAGAAUUUGAGGUAUCGCUGCACCAAGUGAUUGGCAGGACAGUUGCAGCUGGUCAACCUGUUGAUAUUCUUGAGAUAAAUAGGUUAAGGAGACAGCUAAUCAUUCAGGCUUACGUAUGGGACCAGCGUCUUGUACAAUUUUGCAAUUUUAAAGACAAUAACCUUCAUGGAAUUAGCCGUUUGAUUCCAAAAGUAAAGGAAAAAGCUGUUUCUGGUCAACCUCCUGAGAUAGUCUCAACUUCUAAGCCUAGCAAAAGCUUUAGUAGCUGUGAUUCUUUCCUUCAGAAUUUGAAUCCAGAGGUUACAUUUAAUCAGGGAGGAAAUGGCAAUCUGAACUCUUCUGAUGGGAAUCACGGCAGGAAUGAGGUUGAUCAAGGCUCAAACUAUCCCCAUGAUGCUGAGGUUUGUAAUCAUUCUGUAACCCAUGUUGAUAAGGAGUGCGAUCCGGAGAAUGUGAAGACCGUGAGGCGGGUGCUUUCAGAGGGGCAGUUCUCCAAUGUGAAAAAUCUAUCGGAUUCUCUUGAUGCUGCGUGGACUGGUGAAGGUGACCCAGUCUAUUUCGCAUCAAAGAGGGAUAGUUUUCCAGACCCAGCAGGUGCUUCAAAUAUGAAUUCCACCCUGGCUAGCCAAAAUAUAGACAGUGGAAGUGCGCAAAGUGAAGCUGACUAUCCUAAUUCUUCAAAGGGGUCUGAAAUCAAAGAACAGUCUAAUAGUUGGGUCACGAUGCCCUUGUUGGCUUUGUAUCAUUCAUUUGUUAGGAAUUCGAUGGUAAACGAGCAGAAGCUUGAUAUGAUUAGUAGCUAUAAUCCUGUUUAUAUCUUGUCACUAAAAGAAUUGUUGCAUCAAGGCUGUGCCAGGCUGCUGCUACGUGAAGGCAUUCAUGACAUUAUUCUUCCUGUUUAUGAUGAUGAACCUACUAGUGUCAUCGCAUUUGCUCUUACAUCACCAGAUUACCAUGAUCAAAUGAUCAGUGAUCCCAUCAAUGAUGGUCUGGAGACAUCCUCAUCCUUGCCUAUCUUAGAGUCGGAGAAUCUUCUUUCACUUCCUUCUCUUGAUGUUGCAUCUCGUGGAUCCCUUAGAAGUCCUGGUUCAGCAAAUGAAAGCAUUUCCUCACCUUCUGUGUCCCGAAGCUCCACAAUUGAGGAGCAUCAGUUUUAUAGCAAUCAAUUGCAUGUCAGAGUAUCAUUCUCAGAUGAUGGUCCUCUGGGAAAGGUUAAGUAUUCUGUGACUUGUUACUUCGCUAAGCAGUUUGAGGCCUUAAGAAGAACUUGUUGUCCUUCUGAGUUAGACUUCAUACGAUCUCUAAGUCGCUGUAAAAAGUGGGGUGCACAGGGUGGUAAGAGUAAUGUCUUUUUUGCCAAGACUCUGGAUGACCGAUUUAUUAUUAAGCAAGUCACAAAGACAGAGCUCGAAUCUUUCCUAAUAUUUGGACCUGCGUACUUCAAAUACUUGUCUGAUUCCCUCCGUACUGGAAGUCCUACCUGUCUAGCGAAAAUCUUGGGCAUCUAUCAGGUCACAUCAAAACAUCUUAAGGGAGGAAAGGAAUCGAAGAUGGAUGUUUUGGUUAUGGAAAACCUUCUUUUCAAGCGAAAUAUCACAAGACUGUAUGACCUGAAAGGCUCUGCUCGAUCACGGUAUAAUUCAGAUUCAAGCGGAAACAACAAGGUUCUUCUAGAUCAAAACUUGUUAGAAGCUAUGCCAACUUCUCCAAUUUUUGUUGGAACCAAAGCAAAGAGAUUACUAGAGAGAGCUGUGUGGAACGAUACUGCAUUUCUUGCUUCUAUAGAUGUGAUGGACUAUUCCUUACUAGUUGGGAUGGAUGAAGAGAAGCACGAGUUGGUACUUGGCAUCAUUGACUUCAUGAGGCAGUAUACAUGGGAUAAACAUCUGGAGACCUGGGUGAAGGCAUCAGGCAUUCUUGGGGGCCCUAAGAAUGCGACUCCCACUGUGAUCUCUCCUAUCCAAUACAAGAGAAGAUUCAGGAAAGCAAUGUCUGGUUAUUUUCUUAUGGUGCCAGAUCAAUGGUCUUCUUCCUCAACAAAUAUUUCCAGUGAACUCCCAUCAGAACCUUGUGAAGAGAACCAUCAAACAUAACUUGGAAUGUUUUCAUUAGCUUAGAUGUAAGUAAAAGAAGAGUUGGAUUUUACAUCUUCCCUCACAAAACCUGCACUUUCCUUCCUAGACGUAGAUGGUUAGUUGAUGCUCUGAGGAAGCUGGUAAAUUCUUUAUUUUUUGACAGGACGGAAGGAACUUUUUUUUCUCAGCAGGGGAAUUAUAUUCACAGAAGGAAAAUCAAUGUGUAAAAAACAUGUGAAAAAUUAUUUUAGCUCAACUGCAUAUUUUGUUGUUCCUUCUCCUGAUGAGAUUCUUCCUUCCUUCUUAUGUUGUCCGUGUAAUUGUCAUGAAGCACUGUUAUUUUUGUCUUGAUCCCUCGUAUACCGUGCUAAUGAUUUCUGGAAAGCCUUUUUCCUUUCCCAAAUGAACUAUUGUAUUUCAAAAUACUCACGGUUGCCAAGAGUCUGCGCAAACGAAGUUUUACAGUUCCUUCAGUUUGUUAAGAAAAUGAAGUUCAGCUCAAAAGUAAUACACAGUAUUGUUGUUGUUGUUUUUAUUUUUUAUAUUUUUUUCCCCUCAG